UGCUUGGAGUUGGAAAGGUUCAAUAAAAUCGGUUUAUUUAUUUAGAUAACAAAAUAUAUUAGAUACUUGUGUUAUUGACAGAAAUUAUAAAUUAACGUGAAAUAUACCAAGGUUUAGUUUUUAAGAUUACAAUGAUAUUUGAACUAUAAUAGGUAGCAAUAACUAGAGAAAAAUACCCGUUUACUUUUGUGAACGUGAAUCCAGAUCAAUGAAUACUAUGAGUUCACAACAGAGUCCGGCAAACAUUCAAGCCGUCGUUGACAGAGAGAAGAUAUACACAUGGAUUUUGGAGUUGUGCAAUCCAGAAACUCGGGAAAACGCUCUUCUCGAGCUUAGUAAGAAACGCGAGGUUGUUCCAGAUUUAGCACCCAUGUUAUGGCAUAGCUUUGGAACAAUUGCCGCGUUGUUACAAGAAAUUACAAACAUAUACGUGGCGAUGAUACCUCCUACGCUAACAGCUCACCAAAGUAAUCGUGUAUGUAAUGCCUUGGCGCUAAUGCAGUGUGUAGCCUCACAUCCUGAAACAAGAUCUGCAUUCCUUCAAGCUCACGUGCCGUUGUUCCUAUAUCCUUUUCUCCAUACUGUUUCCAAGACACGCCCUUUCGAAUACUUACGACUUACCAGUUUAGGAGUAAUUGGUGCUUUGGUGAAAACUGAUGAACAGGAAGUAAUCACUUUUCUAUUAACUACUGAAAUCAUCCCACUUUGCUUGCGUAUUAUGGAGAAUGGAUCUGAAUUAUCCAAGACAGUAGCCACAUUUAUUUUACAGAAGAUCUUACUGGAUGAUAGUGGACUAUGUUACAUAUGUCAGACAUAUGACAGGUUUUCACAUGUCGCAAUGAUUUUGGGAAAAAUGGUGCUAUCACUUGCGAAAGAUCCGUCCGCCAGGCUUUUGAAACAUGUUGUUCGCUGCUAUUUGCGUCUCUCUGACAAUCCUAGAGCUAGAGCCGCACUCCGGCAAUGUCUUCCUGACCAACUGAGAGAUGCAACAUUUACAGAAUGUCUCCAAGAAGAUAACUCCACAAAACAUUGGUUGGCUCAGUUGAUCAAAAACUUGGAAGCUCAGCCACCACCUGCUAGUCCUGCACAACAAAAUAUGUAUGCAUCAAGAUGAAAAGAACUAAUUUUGUAAGCAGAUGUUGUGGACUGGACUAGGAAUAAAGAUUUUCGUAAUUUGGCAUAUUUUUUUAUUUAUAGC